AUGAUUAUCGGAAUCCUAGCUGUCCUCAAGGCAGGGGGUGCAUACGUGCCUCUCGAUCCUCUCUAUACUAGCGAGCGUCUCCUCAACAUUCUGCACGACACUGCACCGGUCUGUCUGGUUGCUGACCCCGUCGGGAGGACUGCACUAGGGGAGGACGCACUGUCCUUUGUAACCAUUGCGGACCCGGACGGCGUAGAAUCCUAUCCAGCGACAAAUCCUCGCGCCAGCACACUCACCUCGCGCCACCUCGCGUAUGUUAUUUAUACUUCAGGAACAACCGGCAAGCCGAAAGGAGUCAUGGUGGAGCACCAGGGUGUCAUCAGUCUUGUCACCUCUAGGCAAAAGUACCUUGCCGUCAGUUCUUCGAGCCGUAUGACACAGUUCUUCUCAGUAAGUUUCGAUCCAAGUCUUCUUGAGAUAUUCGGCACGCUCGGUUUUGGCGGUGCUCUGCAUGUAAUUCAGGAAGCUACCCGCUUGGAUCGCAUUCAGCUGUGGGACUAUCUGGUGCAAAAUCGCAUCACCCAUGCUAUUCUUACACCCACCGUGCUUCAAGACUGUGGGGACUUGUCACCCUUGAGUGCGAUGUCGACGCUCUUAAUCGGAGGAGAGGCAUUGUCGGCGGCGCUCGUCCGGAGAGUGCGCAAACUUGUGCCCAACGGGACUAUCAUUAAUGAGUACGGCCCCACAGAGACCUCUGUAGCUGCACUCUCCUGGAAAUAUGCAGAAGAGGAGCUCAUUGGCCAGGAUGCGGCUCCCAUCGGUCGACCCUUCUCCAACAAGCGCAUUUAUCUUUUGGACAGACAUGGCAAUCAAGUGCCUCAAGGAUCCAUCGGAGAGAUCUAUAUUGGAGGACUCGGUGUGGCAAGAGGGUACUUGAAUAGGCCAGACUUGACAGCAAAUGUAUUCCUACCAGAUCCAUUCUCAAGUGAGGAUGGGGCUCGGAUGUACAGGACAGGAGACCUGGCAAAGUACCUCCCCGACGGCAAUAUCGUCUGCUUGGGUCGCAAUGACCACCAAGUCAAGAUCCGCGGUUUCCGUAUAGAGCUCGGCGAGAUCGAGGCAGGAUUGGUGGGACACCCUCUGGUGACUGAAGCAGUGGUCGUAGCUCAAGGGGAAGCAGGCAACAAGCGGCUUGUUGCAUAUGUCAUUAUUCGUCAUGACAAGCAGCAGGAGCCAGAUACAAGUACAGGGAAAUCACCUUCCACGAUACAAAUGGCCUCGAGUCUCCACUCUCAUCUUACAACGCGCCUUCCAGACUACAUGGUCCCGGCUGCAUUUGUGUGCUUGGAAGCUUUCCCUGUGAACUCCAACGGCAAACUGGAUCUAAAAGCUCUGCCGGCUCCGGACAUUGACGCCUUUGCUGUGAAUGCAUACGAGGAACCAAAGGGUGAGAUCGAAAACAUCUUGGCGAGCGUCUGGGCGGAGAUGCUCAAGGUCGAACGAGUUGGACGGAACGACAGCUUUUUCAUUCUAGGCGGUCACUCGCUGCUGGCCGUGAGGAUGAUGAGCCGGAUACGAACCAUGCUAGGCUUCGAUAUGUCCCUCCGCACCCUGUUCGAGGCACCGACAAUAGCAGAGUUGGCUCCCAGAUUGCUCGCUACAGGCGCAACGCAGGAGGAAUCAUACGAUAUCCUACUCCCUAUCAGACCGCAGGGAACUCGGCCGCCAUUGUUCUGUGUUCAUCCGGGCAGCGGACUCAGCUGGUGCUAUACCGGACUGUCGACGCGCCUGGACCCGGAUCAGCCCCUUUACGGUCUGCAGGCACGUGGAUUCAUUGAUAACGGAGAGAUGGCCUCGACACUCGAGGAGAUGGUGCUUGAUUACAUCGACCAAGUCCGACGCAUCCAACCUCAUGGUCCUUAUCAUCUACUGGGGUAUUCGUUCGGAGGGGCGGUUGCACAUGCCAUGGCAUCGUAUCUGGAGGAGCAUGGUGAGAAUGUGGCAUUUGUUGCAUUGAUGGAUUCUUUUGCGGACUACCAUACCUGGGUACAACAACCGGAUGACAAGGACGAGGACGAACAAAGGCAGGACCUGAUUCCGAUGCUUAUUGGGAACAAAGAGCAGUACGCGCCCGAUCUGAUCAACCCAUUUCUGGAGAAGGCAUCAACUAUCGAGAACAACAACCUUCGACUCUUAAUGAUGCAGGUUCCUCAGAUCAUCAGUACAGAUCUUUUAAUAUUCCGCGCAACAGUUCUGGAGAAAGAAGGCGACAGGUUGCUGAAUCCCGACGACUGGAAACCGCAUGUUCUUGGAUCGAUUGAGACGUACGAUAUUGAUUGUGCACACAACUUUAUGGACCUGCCGAAGCCCACUGCAAUCAUCGGUCGUGUCCUUAGCCAAAAGUUGGACGAGUCCCACAGUCGAGCACAAAAAGAGGAGUAG